GACGGGGCGUUGCAAACACGUUUUCUUUGAAAGUCAAACUCAAAAUUUAGGUGUUCUGCUUUGCAUAUUUAAAUAUUAAUGUCAAGUUAACACACGCAUUCGUGUUGAGACAGUAUUUAUUGUUAUUUCUUACAGAAUAUAUACAGGCGUUAAGGAUAUUUUACUCUUUUCUAAUUGAAUAUUAUAGUUCGGCGCACAUAUGAUGCGACAUGAAGGUAGCCACCAUAAAAGUGUAACGAAACGUGUGAAGAGCGACAACUGCCAGUUUAUAAGAGAAUCAGAUGUAAAUUUUAAAUUUGAACGAAAAUCGCCGCUUCAGAAGAAUGUGUUUACUACAAAAACUGUAACACCACUAGAAACGAGAUGUACUGGUAAAGAAAAAGAAGAUUAUACAUCGCGUAUGAGCAACGCAUGUGGUGAUUCUAUUCCAAAACGACAAGUUUCGAAUCAGAACUGUAAAAGUGUUAUCUGUUUGUUUGAGAAUCUGCAUCGUUUCGAGCGUGAGAGAAGUUCCGCGAAAUCUUCACCACCUCCACUACAACCCCAACUAGACUUAGAUGAUUUUCUAGUCCCACGAUUUAGAAAAGAGCAAUUAAAAAAAGAAAAAGCGCGGCAAAAGUUUUUGAAACAAGAAAUUGAAAAGCAGGAAAAACUUCUCGCCGAGCAACAAAAUAAACCAGAAAUAUUGCAGGAUACAGAAUUAGAGAAACAAAUUCAAACAGAAAGUACAGAAGAGCAACAAACAAAGCUAGUUCAAACUGAAAAGACUUCUAUACACCAACGCAGCUUUACGACCGACUUUCAUUUUCCCUUCAAAUCAACGUCAAGCGGAAAUUUAAAAGUCAAUGCAAAUCAGGUCGUUUAUGAAUCGAAUCGGGUAAGCGUGUUGGUCGCCGAUCCCGAGCACACGGAGGUAAAAAUUUCGGAUAGAAGAAACUGCAACAUACAGGAACACGACAGCAACAUGCAGAGGGAGGAUUUUACCAAAAAUUCGGCUAUUAACGCCAUCAUGAAACAGGGAUUGGGAUCAAGUUUAGACUCAGUGCUUAUGGGCAAAAUUGGCGACGCGCCCAUACGCAAAGAGAAAGAAGCCUCCGAGUACGAAAACAAAGCGACGCACGAAAUCCUUGAACCUGAACUAAAUUUAAGCCGUCUGGGCUAUAGCGCGACUGAAAGUAUCGACUGGGUCAAUGUUGUUCUGCCAGAGAAAAAGAACUUAUAUCUUGAAUUAUAUGCACGCAUCACCAACUUCACAAAUGCUGAUUGUAAAGUGUACAUCGAUAACGAAGAGUUCAAUUGUCACCUGCUAGUCCUUCAGUGCUACAGCGAAGUCUUCCACACCUAUGUAGCCGUUAAAAAGGUGGAGCUACCUUCAGAUAAGUGCAGCCCUGCAUCAUUCGCCUUCAUCUACGAAUGGAUGAUCACCGGUGAUCCCUCCUAUCGUGACUUAAAUCGCGAAAACGUCUUGGACAUCUUCAACGCGGCCAAAUAUUUAAAAAUCAAAGAUUUAAUCGAGCAGUGCUGGGCAUUCAUAGACAAUCCACUAGUAUUCGCGGAAGACACGGCUUUCUUAUUAUACAUUGACGCAAAAGAAAAGAAUUUGCCAGAGGUGCGUGAUUUAAUGCUGCCGCGCAUUGAAAAGUUCUAUCUUAUGCUGGUGUCUUCGGAAGAUUGGCUGAGAUUGGACAUGGAAGAUGUGAUGGCUUUUCUAUCAUCGAAUUAUAUAUGUGUUAAUUGUGAAAUGGAAGUUUUUAUGUCUGCUGUACGAUGGCUUAAACAAGACUGGGAGAAUCGUGACAAAUUCAAGCAUCAGGUACUCAGCUGUGUGCGUUUUGGCAAUGUUGCGCCAUGGCAACUUGUUGAUAUCAAACGCAACCCCGACAAUCCGGAGUUUCGGGAUUUGGCUAAGGAUCCAGAAAUAUGUAAAAUGAUUGAUGACGGUUUAGCUUUUGUAAUAAUUAAAUACUGGUACGGACAACAAAACGAAGACUACCAACACUGGAACUCUAUCCUGGCUUUAAAGGAGCCACCCACGCGAAAUUGGAGCGGCACCGAGAAGACCUACUUCACGUAUCGCGAGUUUCUCAUUUAUUUGGACGUCUAUCGGCGAAAUUUAAUGAUCAUCAAGUCGAAUAAAGUGGAUGAGAAAGUGAGAGAAGUAUCACCGCGACCAUCGCGCGACCGCAUGGAGAAGAUGAUGGAGCGGGCGGCUGCGGCGAAGGUGCCCACCAUGGACGAGUUUAUGCGCGGGGGCGGGGCAAAACCUCCCGCCCGCGCGAAGUUUCAAUUACGAUACGCCCCGUGUAACUCCGCCCGAAUGACACCACGUGAUGGUUUUUCUCCAAGGAUACCACGCCUUUAUCGCCUCACACCCCACGAAGCGGUCUGUACUAUAGAAAAAGCUUAUCUACGAUAUAAAAUGCGUAAAAAAAUUCCUGGACUCGCUAAUCGACUUGAAAAAUCCUUGAAAAAACGCGAUAGCAUUAUGCGAAUAUUCCAAAACUCUAGAAAUCGCCGUGUUGCUAAAAAAGCAUCAAAAACUAAAUCGCCAAGGUUUAAAAAUGAUCCGUAUGUGUUAAGAGUCACGCCUCGUGUUACGCCUGAUUUUGAUCAAGUCCCAAGUCACACCCCCAGUAUAUCUGGUGAUUUUUAUCGGCGUGAACGUGAUUUUUUACCGGAAGGAUCCCUGUACCAUUUGGAACAUGAGAGCGUCAUUGUUUUCGGAGGGAUUAAUGUGCAUUCCAAGUAUGGGAUAGGCCGGAAUACCGGAAAAGAUAUUUAUAGGUAUCUUCCAGUACAGAAUAUUUGGGAGUUUGUUGGUGAAUUACCCGCGCCUAGGACACAUCAUAGUGUGGCGUAUCUUAACGGACGGAUUUAUAUUGUUGGUGGGUCUGAUCCACGCGAGGAUGACCCUAAAGGCAAGUUUCUAGUGGUUAACACAGUGUGGAGUUUUGAUCCGGUGAAGAGGGCAUGGUUUAGUGAAGGUGGAUUGAACAUGAGAAGGAAGAACUUUGGUUUGGUUGUGUUUGGUCAGUAUAUGUACGCGAUUGGUGGACAGGAUAAAAAUUCAAGAGUGACUAAUACAAUAGAACGCUACAAUCCAUCAACAGGGUGCUGGCAAUAUGUGGCUUCAAUGCGUCAUCCGCGGAUGGGCUGCGCAUGCGCGAAAUUUGAUAAUAAAAUAUGGGUUGGAGGUGGGAUGUGCGGAUCUGCCCAUCAGCCGCUUACAGAUUUCGUUGAGUGUUAUGAUAUUAACACAAAUCAAUGGACAGAUAUGCCCCGCCUUCGAUUACCGAGAUGUUUCGCUAGUUUCUCGGCAAUCAACAAUAAUCUAUACGUCAUCGCCGGCGCAGGGCGUAAUAGCAGCAUGUUAACCAACACUGUGAGUUUGAGUAGCGUUGACAUAUGGAACACGCAAACGAACACGUGGGAGGAGCAUGCGCAGAUGGAGGUAGCGCGUCAUGGACACACAACCGCCUACUUAGGCACACAAAUGCUGAUUAUUGGGGGCGUGACCACUGUGUACAUGCGCUCGUUGAGUAGUAUAGAAUGUUUUUGUACAUCUAGAGGUACAUGGAUACGUGGUAUGUCUUCCUUGCCGAACUGUUUGACAGGCCAUGCGACGUGCACCUUACCACCGGCGAUGAUGUUGUGAAAAGUAACUUCAGAUGGGCAAAAAUCAGAUGGAUACACUUUUGUGGGG